UAUUACGAGAAUAAGUUACCGAGGACCCAGAAACGAAGGACUUUAAAAGCUGCGCACACCUGCGACAGUAGGUUACACACACCCGAGGUUGGGAAGGGUCUAAACUACUGUUGGAGCAGAAACCAGCAACCCGGAAGCAACGAGAGACAGCAUGAAUCCUGCGGGGCUUAUUUUUGUUUUGGCAUUGUCCACGGGCACCCUGGCUCUGGACAAUGGUGUGAUGAGGACCCCACCCAUGGGCUGGUUGGCAUGGGAACGCUUCCGCUGUGACAUCGACUGUGAUCAUGACCCAAAGAACUGUAUCAGUGAGAAGCUCUUCAUGGACAUGGCGGACCGACUGGCUGAGGACGGUUGGCGCGAGCUUGGUUAUGUUUACGUCAACAUCGACGACUGCUGGUCCUCCAUGGAGAGGGAUGCCAAUGGACGCCUGCAGGCAGACCCAAAGAGAUUUCCGAAUGGCAUCCCUCAUUUGGCGCGCUACGUGCAUGACCGCGGCCUCAAGCUGGGUAUCUACGGUGACUUUGGCACGCACACGUGCGGCGGCUACCCUGGAACCACGCUGGACAAGAUCCACACGGACGCCCAGACGUUUGCCGACUGGGGCAUCGACAUGCUCAAGCUGGACGGAUGCUACUCCAACGCCACGGAGCAGGAGAAGGGUUACCCACUCAUGUCACAGGCCCUCAAUGCUACAGGCCGUCCGAUUGGCUACUCUUGCAGUUGGCCUGCCUAUCAAGGUGGACUUCCUCCCAAGGUGAACUACACUCUGCUGGGAGAGAUCUGUAACCUGUGGCGGAAUUAUGGCGACAUCCAGGACUCCUGGUCGAGUGUUCUGAACAUUGCUGAUUGGUUCUUCGACAACCAGGACAUCCUGCAACCGGCUGCUGGACCUGGACGCUGGAAUGACCCAGACAUGCUGGUCGUUGGGGACUUUGGCCUGAGCUAUGACCAGUCCAAGACUCAGCUGGCCCUGUGGGCUAUCAUGGCCGCCCCCUUCUUCAUGUCCAACGACCUGCGCACCAUAGACUCCCGCUCCCGCUCCCUCCUGCAGAACAAGGGCAUCAUCUACAUCAACCAGGACCCCUUAGGUAUCCAGGGCCGUCGCCUGAUCAAGGAGAAGAGUGGUGUGGAGGUGUUUUGGCGCCAGCUAUCUGGUGGCCCCAGUGUGCUGGUGUUCUUCUGUAGGCGAGAGGACAUGCCCUACCGCUACCAAACUUCCCUCAAGAAGCUCAACUACGCCGCCGGAACAUACCAGGUCUAUGAUGUGUAUGAAGAGAAGCUCCUGUCCACCAUUAAGGACUCCACAGACUUUGUUGUGUCAAUCAACCCGUCGGGGGUGGUCGUGUGGUAUUUGGUUCCUGCCAAGCAAAUGUUGACGGACACCAUGCUCUUUGGCGGCGACCGCCUGGACAUACCCAAUCGCCUCUGAUCAGCCUCAAGAGUGCACGAUGGCGCAUAGAAAUGACAUCACUGUACCGAUGUCAUUGAUGUCAUCACCAGGAAUGAUCUCAGGUUGAGUUGAUUUAUGUUAAGUGUUUAAAAUGUUUACAAACCUUCUGCAGGUUUGGGCACUGAAGCAAUCCAUGAGACUUAUAAUCGCCAGUGGCAAAUGAGUGGGAAGGACUGUUUUUGAUGAUUGCUUUUUAAUUUAUUUUUUUUUCCUUCCACUUUUAUUUUUUUGUAUUUUGUUUAUUGUUGUAUUUUUUUUUAUCAUGAUUUGAGCUGUGAAUCUAAGAACAGGAGAGGAACAGAAAGAGUGAAGUGUGUGUGUUUGUGUGUGUGUGUGUGUGGGUGUGUGUGUGUGUGUGUGUGUGUGUGGUCCACACACUCUUUGUGGCCUUCCUCCCAUCGCCUUUUAAAUCGUCCAGGAUGCUGGGCACCACCUGCAAUUAAACUGCAUCAGCACUUA